AUGGAGAUUAAGAUGGAGUCACUUGAACUCAAAGACAAUGGUGAAAACCAACCAUCUUUAGAAGCUUCUAUUGCUUCAGAUGUGAUAUAUGACAAAGCACCUGUAUGUCCACACAUUGGAAGUGAAUACCAGGCAGAAAUCCCCAAUCUGUCCACAGAGGUUGAGCGCCAUCGGCUCAUGACCAGCACACCAGAAAGCAUCGUACUUGGUUAUGAUUACCCUGGUAUGAUUGGGUUAGCUAUACCAAUCAUGUGGGUACCAAGUGAAGUCCAUAAGGAGGACGAUUUGCGAAGGCAGCAUUCUUCAGAAUCCGAAGCAAGAGCUAGCGACCAAGGCGAGGAUAGUCAGGUGACCUCAAUUUACCCAAUCAGAAAUAAUACAAAUGCCCAUGAUUCAACAUACCAGGAUCAACAUUCAAUGCUGCCUGUUAAUCAGAUAGAAUCUUGCAUCAAUCAAGCACAUGAUGAGAACUUGGCUCCAUUCUCUACUCAAGAAGGUCCAGGUUUUAUCAAUAAGUCGUUGACCCAGCAAGGGGAAAUCGAGCAAUUUACUCCAUUGCCUGGUUUGCCCAGUUCGCUUUGGAGUGGUACUGAGGCAGAAUGUUUUAUUCUCGGGCUCUACAUUUUCGGCAAAAAUCUAAGCCUGUUGAGCAGGUUUCUUGGUAAUAAGACCGUUGGGGAUGUACUCUCAUACUACUAUGGAAUGUUCUACAAAAUAAAUGCUUAUAAAAGAUGGUCGGACUGCAGAAAAGCAAGAACUACGAGAUGCAUUAUUGGGGAACGCGUCUUUACAGGUUGGCGGCAGCAGGAGAUUAUAUCUCGUUUGAAAUCUGUAAUCCUCGAAGGAGUUCAUGAUUCAUUGGUCGAGAUUUUCAAAUCUUUCAACGCCGGACAAGCAUCUUUAGAGGAUCUUGUCUUGGCUAUAAAAUCCUCUGUUGGAACAGAAGCUUUUGUGGAGGCUGUUGGAAUUGGUAAAGGGAAGCAUGAUUUGACUGGAUAUGUUCUGGACCGAUCUAAACCAAACCAAGCUCUUUCUGUUCACCCUGACAUGCCUACAGGCAAAGAUUGUUCCUUGCUUGCUUCGGAAGAUAUAAUUAAGUUCUUAACAGGUGGUUUCAGAAUAAGCAAGACAAGAUCUAAUGAACUUUUCUGGGAAGCUGUCUGGCCCCGUUUGCUUGCAAGAGGGUGGCGUUCAGAGCAGUCAAAAGAUGUCAGAACAACUAAGAAUUGCCUUGUGUUUCUUGUGCCAGGUAUCAAAAAAUUCUCAAGAAGGAAACUCACUAAAGGCACUCAUUAUUUUGAUUCUGUCAGCGAUGUUCUUAAGCGAGUUGCGGCGGAUCCCGUUCUUCUUGAGGUAGAAGUUGGCGGAGCGGACAAUGGUGUUACUGCUGAGCAGUGUGGAUAUGCUACAGACAUGAGUCUGAACCAUGAUGGUCCUUUGGAUGGAUAUCAGGAGCUUCCAAAGUUCACAAUUAUCGAUACUACCUUGGUCCAAGGGGAAGAGCCCUUCAGAGUCAGAGAGCUGAGGAAAUUACCACCUGAUGUAAAUGUCCAUUUUGGUCCUUCACGUCAUUCUUAUAAUACUGUGAGUGUCAGUUCUUCAGAGGAGCAAGAUGCGGAAGAUCAAUCAUCAGAUGACCAGGCAGAUUGUCGACAAGUUACAGCUGAUGUGGAUGAUGCCGAAAUAGUUUCAGUAUGCCAUGCAGGCAAAGAAAACCAAGUCAAUUCAUUGCAAAACAUGUUGGCUGCACCAUCCUCGAGUUUUCCAGUCAAUGGCCAUUCUUCUAAUGGCAGUAUUGAAAAAACUGAUAUGACAUGCCUCUUUGGUCCCAAAACAAAAACUGAAAGGCUCAAGUAUUUAACCCCAGUGUCAAAGCAGAAGCUUAUCCAGCUGUAG